GCCUUAUAACCCUAGGGAUCGGAUCGGACUCAGCACCUGCCGGAUCCUCCCUCUCUGGGUAGAGAGACGAGGGCGGAAUCGACUCCUUCGACGAUCGCCGGGGCCUGGCCCCGCCCCCUCCCCCCUGCCUGGCGCCAGGCCGCGGAGCGCCAAUGAGCUCGAUAAGCGGGGGCGCAGCUGCGGCGGAGCGGCGGACGCCGACUGGGCGUCCACUGCCUCCGCUCCCCGCCUUCUUCCUCGGCUCCCCGUUCCCUCCCGCAGCCGCCCGAGACCUCCCGGGAGACUCAGAAAUCAUCUUUGUAGAGUGGUGAGUACUUACUCUGCUGGGAAGUAGAAGAGUAAAAAAAAAAAUAUGCCUCCCAAGUUCAAGCGCCACCUAAACGAUGAUGAUGUCACUGGUUCUGUGAAAAGUGAAAGGAGAAAUCUUUUGGAAGAUGAUUCAGAUGAAGAAGAGGACUUUUUUCUAAGGGGACCAUCUGGACCAAGAUUUGGACCUAGAAAUGAUAAAAUUAAGCAUGUUCAGAAUCAGGUGGAUGAAGUUAUUGAUGUCAUGCAAGAAAAUAUUACAAAGGUAAUUGAAAGAGGGGAGAGACUAGAUGAACUACAGGACAAAUCAGAAAGCUUAUCGGAUAACGCAACUGCUUUUAGCAACAGAUCCAAACAACUUCGACGGCAGAUGUGGUGGCGCGGAUGCAAAAUAAAAGCCAUCAUGGCGUUGGUUGCUAUUAUCCUUUUGUUGGUGAUCAUCAUACUUACAGUUGUGAAAUACCGCACUUGAUUUGAUGAGAGAGGUCUUCAUUAAACAAAAUCUGGGACAAUAAUAAUAAUAAUAGAUUGCUGCAUAAUUUAAAUGAAACCCAUGUAUAUAACUUUCAAAACUUCUUUUCCAAGAAACUGAGAGGCAAGUAUCACUUCAAACUGGAGCAUUGAGAAUGUCCAUUAUCUUUUUCCCCUUCUAGCAAAAUGUGCUUUUAAUAAUUAUGUUCAAGGCCAAGGCAGCCAGCCUGUUUUGCCACAUUCCAAGGAUCUGAUUUGAAACAAGAUACUUGCCCGUUCACUAUUUGUGUCUGUAGUUCAGCACUGAUACGAGACUUCCGACUGUUUCUGCAGUGGCUUAAGGACUUGCACUCUUGCAUUAAGGUGGGGGGUCAGGAAGCCUAUGUAGCCGUUCCAUCAAUAUUCGAAAGAUUCUUCUCACAUUACAGUUGCUUUGCAAGCAAUUUCCACGUUUAUGGGUGUAACAAAAGCUAAGUGUUGUAAAUGCUGCUGCCUUCAGCUGUAACUAAAAACAUUCCAGUAAAUCUAUUUUUGACUGUA